GUUCUAAUCGACUAGAACCCAAAAUCAUUUGUUGCUACAGAGAUUUGAGUAAAGGAUUCCUCAUAUAUAAUGAUCCCCCCUCCCCCCAAUAUUACCUUACAUUUAUGCUUAACCUGGCAGUUAUUCACAGUCACUGAAUUUUAAGCAGUUGAAGCAAAGAUUAACCACUUGUGUAAAAGUAUGUGUGAUUGUUUUCAAGUUAGCUGAAAGGAAAGGUAAACUAUUGAGAGGAAACCAGCUGAAGGGACUGGGAGAGAGGUACAAGUAAGGGUUUGUCUCAGAAAAAAUAAACAGUCAAAGUCCAGCCUGGUCCCUGUAAAUAGAAAUGACCAUGUAUAUCCUAUACACAGCGUUAUUCCCCGUGUGUGUAUGUGUAAUUUCCUUUGCUAACCCACCUGAUUACUCACCUUGAACACCAGGUACUGUACACACCCACUGAGAGAAUUUUAUUGCGUGCUUGUUGACUCAUCGCUCUGUUAGUGGAUCUGGGGCAGAGAGUGGACGUGAUUCAGCUCUCUGCAUGUGUCCGUGUCAAUACACUAAUGUAAUUACAAGUCCAUGAACAUCUCCUCUGCAACAUGUGGCUGUGGGCUUUGCUUCCUGUCUGCCUCGCUGUCUUUGGGACUGCUGGCAUUUGGACUGUGUUUGCUGUAGCUGUAACAAAUGGAUCAGUCAAUCUCACAGAGAGGAUCCCUUACAUCAGUGAGUGUGGCACGUACAACCCUCAGAGCUGUCUCUUCUCCCAGAUCUGCAACGUCUGCUCUGUACUAGCCCUGUGGGUUGUGGUGAUCCGUUUCCAGCAGGUCAGGGACUGUGGUGGCCACGGGAAGGUCAACAUUACCGCCAUUGUUCUGGGCUUUAUCUCCUCUAUGGGGAUCUCUGUAAUUGGCAACUUCCAGUCAUCGGUUUUACUGGAAGUCCAUCUUUUGGGAGCGUUCUUGUCCUUUUUCGUGGGCCUGGCCUACUUCUGGCUCCAGGUGAUUCUAACGUAUCGUGCUGAGCCGUCUCAGGACCGGUGUUGGGUGGGACCUGCCAGAGCGACCUGCUGCAUCCUCUGUACCGUCCUGGUUAUCACUAUGGUUGUUCUCCACUUCAUAGGCUUUCGCUCUGGCGCUGCUGUGUGUGAGUGGGUCCUGGUCAUGUUGUUUUUCUGCCUCUUUGGCCUUUUUGCAGCUGAAUUCAGACACAUUGACUGCCACCACCUCACUGUCCAGAAACAGGCUUUGACCAAAGACUGUGACCCUGCCUCCAUAGAAAGGAAUCGCCACGUUGCUUAUGCACUCAGUUAAUGUCACACAUACACCUGCAUGUGGUUCUCCUUGCCAUUUCCUCUAAUAAAGAUAAAAUACCUGUGCAGUAAAUAUUCAUAUUCAACAUAUCAAUUACUGUACACAGUAUCAGUGAUUCUGAUAUUGCUAUUUAUUGCUUGUGAAUCUACCAUUUUGAAAUAUUAAAUAAGA